GGUCGACUCAGUUUAUAAACACGAUCCUGAGUGGAAGCUGAGCAGUGUCGGAUCUGAGACGUGGAGGUCAGCCGCGUCUUAAAAAAAUAUUUAAAUUAUUUUAUUUAAAGUGAAAAACAAAAUUAAAACAUGCAGAAGUGGUGCCUGUUUUUGGUACUAGCUAUCUUAAGCUAUGAGGCUCUUGGUUAUAGAAACAAACGUCAAGCAGAGAGUGAGAACUCGAAUUCAGGAGAAGAAGAUUUAGAAGACAGAUAUGGCUGGAAUAGACCAAACAGGCCAAACCGACCAAACAGACCUGACUUCUGGUUCCCAGGACAGGGUCAAGGCCAGUUCCCAGGCGGACAAGGUCAAUUCCCAGGAGGACAAGGUCAAUUCCCAGGACAAAAUCAAUUCCCUGGAGGCCAAUUCCCUGGAGUACAGGGUCAGUUCCCAGGAGUACAGGGUCAGUUCCCAGGAGUACAGGGACAGUUCCCAGGAGUACAGGGUCAGUUCCCAGGAGUACAGGGUCAGUUCCCAGGAGGUCAGAAUCCGUUCCCAGGAGGACAGGGACAACAACCAGGACAGGGACAACAACCAGGACAGGGACAACGACCAGGACAGGGACAACAACCAGGACAGGGACAACAACCAGGACAGGGACAACAACCGGGACAACAACCAGGACAAAAUCCAACGCCAUCUCCUAAUGCUGCCACCACUCAGUCCCCUGCCGUCCGCGCGUGUAUAGCAAGCUGCCCGGUCACGGCUGAAUACAACCCUGUUUGUGGCUCCAACGGCGUUACCUAUGACAACCCUGGACGUUUGAGUUGUGCUCAAUCCUGCGGAGUUGGUGUCAAUUUCCUAAGAUCAUCGCGUUGCCCCGGCACAACUCAGGCCAAUUAGACUAAUUAAUUAUUAUUUAAGUGUUUCUCAUGUGACUGAUAAAAAAAUAAAACAAUAUUUUUAGUA